AUGAAGCGGACCAAGAAGGACGUCAGGAAGGAAUUCAAGGAGAAGUCCCGCGAGGGGCAACGGGAGUUCUUGCAGAUCUGGAAAAAGACUGGCAACUUCAACCACGCUGAGUGCAUGAAAACAGAGUCGCGUUCGCAUGUGGACAAAGAUGAUACCAAUUCUGAUUGGUUCAAUUGGGAUGAUCUGUGCAAGGCCUGCGGCUGGACCCCAGAGAACGCGAAGACCCUCGUUGGAGAAAGAGCCCUGCAACGGGCCCUCGCGGUGAAGGACUUCUGCGACAAGAGUGCCUCGGAUAACAUCAAGACCGACAUCCAAACUGGCGACAAGCUCUACCGCAGGGUGCGCGAGACCAGCCAGAGCUCCAACGCGCACAAGAAGGAGGUCAAGACGGUGGUGCACUCGGAGAAGCAGCCGCUCGGCGACCCUG